AUGAAUGGCAAGAGGGAGCAAGAGACUGGAUCCGAUUACGCGGGAAAUUCAGUAAUGGCGGCAUCCGGAGACGAAAUAGAAGACGACGAAUACGAAGCGUUGGCUUAUCAACAGGUUAUAAUUUCCUUGACCGACAACUUUUUCAUGGUUUAGAAAUAUUUAAACAUAUAUGUUUGUAUAUAUUCUAGCGUUUGAAAGCUGCUCUUCAUUACACAGUCGGCCGCAUUUGCGAGAAAACAGGUGAGCGUAUUUACGUGUUUAUAGACGCAGUAAGACUGCCGAUCUUGGAUGAAGGAGAAUAAGCUUUAAGCUUUUGACUUAAAUUUAUAGAGGCAGCUUGAGUUUUUGAAAAUACAAAGACAUGUUUAAGCCUUACUUUUAAGUUAAUUAGGUUUCAUUGACAUCCAAACAACUCAAUCUUGUUGUAGUUUUGCUUUUAAUAUUUCGAAACGAGCUGGAGUAACCAUUUCAGAGCCCGGGUUUCAGAGAUCCUAGUUGCUUCACUUAAAUUGGCAAACUUAAAAGUUUGCCAAAGUGGGAAUCAGUAUUCACAGUCAGUGUAUUCCCCCAACAUGUUCUGCUGGUUGGCCCUGGGGUCAUACCCUAGGGGCAAGCCGAUGAUGUGCGUUAUGAUUAAAUGUUGUUUCUUCUCUGCCAAACAGCAUCGUCAUCAAUGUAAUAUCAACUUACCCCACCACACUUUAUUUUUGUAGGGGAUGAAACAGGAGUACAGUUUUCUAGGAGGUUUAUUGCUGCCCUUACAGAGACGACAUUCAAGCAGUGUGGUGUGUUAAUUUCACUAAAACAUAUAUUCACUCUUUGUAAUGUGUACAUGUUGUAGUUAAUUUUUUAUCUCUCGUAAUUUUUAUUUUUCUUUUGUUUUUGGGUAUGGUAAUGUAUGCUAAUGAAGUUGAAACCAAAGAAAAAUGAUAAAAAAUUAUCUACAACAUAUACUUUGUUUGAAGGCACUAAAUCAGGCAGAAUAACAAAAGCAUUACUGGAAAACAAUUCUCAAAGAAAAGACUUCUACACUUUUUCCUUUUAUAAAAUGCUGAAAAAUGAAAGUACAAUGUCCCUGAGCAAAGUUCAGCCAAAGAGGUUUCAUUUGAAAUGUUAUACCACAGGCUUAGAGCUUUACUAGACUCCAUUAUUCGCAGGUUUGAAGGGAAAGGCCAUGGAAAGCUUACACUCUAUUUUAGUAUUAGUGGAGCCCCAUACCUAAGAAAAUUUGGUAGUCUAUUCUUCCCAGAAAUCUUGGUAAUCACAUGACUGUAAUCUCGUACCCAGAUCUCCCACAGCAAAACAGAGUGAGAUCUGGGUACGAGAUUACACAUGACUGUACAUCUGUCCGUCUGUCCAUCCGUACCUAGGAUAACCAAUGUAAAAUGUCAAACUUUCUAGCUAGUGUGGGAGCCUGUAACCUGUGUUUAACUUGAUAACAACCAUCCAUAUAAUGGUCAAUUGACAGCUGUAAAAUGGGGUAUCUGUUGACCACAGUCACAUGAUCGUAACUCAUCGAGUUUACAUGUUUUUUUUUUAAGUUUUCCGCUGCAUGCUCAAGUGUAUGUUUUUCACUUUCCUAGUGUUAAGUAUAGAUUUGUGGAUUUCUUUGCAAUGGUUUCAAGUCAAUUGUCUGAAGUAAAUUUAAAAUGCAUCAACAGGAGCUUUGCUCUUAGCUCUGGCUAAAUCUAUACACAUGUAUUGUUGAUACAUGUAGCAGAAAUAACAUGUAUAGCUUACUAGCAUUUUGUAGUUGUUUGUAAAAGUGCUUGCAUUUUCUGUUAUUUUUGUCAUUUAUUAACUGUGCUGUUGCUUUCACACCUGCCUAAGCGUUAAGUACUAACAUCUGUGAACAAAUUCAAAAAAAGUUAAGGAGAGGAAUACAGUGUAUGAAGAAGAGUAAGACUGUGUUACUGGUAGUACACUGGCAGUGAUGCUACAAGUAUUCUCUUUGAUAUUUUAUUGCAGAAUCUUUUGCAACAGAUUUGGAGCUUUUUGCAAAGUAAGUAAAAAAAAAAGAAACCCUGUAAGCUAUAUAGAUAUCGAUCAGUAGCUUCCCCCCAAGGUUGAUACUCCUGUGGCUGGCCUCCGGGGACCAUAGGCCAUUUGUUUAAAAAUGCCUAACAAAACUUCAUACUUCAAAGCACAGAGGUCUGGUCCAUGGAUGUGAUUUUUCGGAGAAUAUAAGUAAUGAUUUUUAAAAUCCACCCUGCCAGACAAGACACAAAAAGCAAAUCUCAACAAAUUCCCCUGGGAUCCUGUGGGUACCCUUGGGGUCAACCCCUAGGGAAGCCACUGAUUAAUGCUCAAGGAUAUAUUGGGCAAUUGAUUCAUAUUCUAGAGGUUGAGUGGGUGAUUGCAGAUUGUAUUAUGGACUUAAUCAAGCACUUUUAGUUUAUUUGUUUGUAGUGAUAGCUUUCCCCUUGUGAUAAAGCGUUUUGAAAACGUUUUCUUCCAGAAAAGCAUUUUGUAUAGCAUUCUUAAUGCAUUUAUUUAUUCUUUUAUGUUUAGACACGCAAAAAGGACCCAGAUAAAUGCUGAUGAUGUUUUAUUACUUGCACGGAAAAGUUCAACUCUGGUGAGAGGAAAUCUGUUAUUUGUACAGGCGAUUUUGAUAUAAUAUUAUAUAAAUAAGCUUUUAUGGGUAUCUGCUACAUUGUAACAGUUGGUGUGGCAUACAUAGUAGAAUUCAGUGGGUUUGUUAGAGCAUGGUCUUAGAUCUGCUGGGGAUUUUUAGUGCUUAGUAUAAAUGAAGAAUAAGUUCCAGUAUGAUCUCCUCUCUGAGGGGUUAAAUGGAGCCUAAACCACGCCCAGACAGGUCUCCUUUAGGGUUUAUUUUUUUCCAAACAUUAUAAUUGCCACCUCCCCCCCUCCCCCCAGGUUCAUGUUUUGUAGGAAUGACCAGCAAAUUUCCACCUUCUAGUAACUCUGGAUACCUUAAGAAUAAUACAUUAGACUCUAAUAUUAUUUUAUAGGCGGCACACAUGGAGAAUAUGAGUAAAGAACUGAUCAAAGCACAUGAAGCAGACAGAGCUAACAGGAAAACCAAAAAGGCAAAGAAGAGUAAACCAGCUGAGGAGGCCACUUCUACAGCAAUUGAAAUUGAAGAUGAAACCUGAAAAGUCUACCAAUUUAACAGAGAGAAAUGUUUUAAACAAUAUUUGUAGAGAAGCAGUUUUAAAAGCUGCAAAACGGUGGACUGCUGAUAUGAAGAUGCGCUAGACCUACUUAGUGAAAAGUACUCUUCUUUUUUAGACUACGAUAGGCGACUGUUGGUCCAAUUGUCUAAUAAAUGGUCCAUACAUCUCCAGGAAAACAUAUGUAAUUUCAUUCAUUUUCCAGCAGUUGCCGAACUAGGGGAGCAGCCUCACAGGUCUAGGUCCCACGUGCAGUUUACACCAAACCGAGGCCUUGAGAAAAACUUUUACAUAGCCUGCGUAGCUGGUGGUAUUGUGUCGGCGUGAUUAAAGUUUUGGCGGCGGAGCCGUGAUCCAAGAAAGGGAGUGGGGACGAGGCGUUUGAAAUACGAAUAGACCUUUCCCGCAUUACGCUUCAGUGAACAAACACAAAGAAAUGAGGACGAGGCUCGGGUGGACAGUUUCAUACAAAUCACUGUAUUUUGUCCACCCGAGCCUCGAGUUGGUGCCUUUGUUCACUGGAAUGCGGGAAAGGUCUAUUGCUCGCGGCUUCGCGACUAGUACACAAUACCGCCACCUACGCAGGCUACCUUUUACAGAGCACCUUCCCUCGUGAAUAAGGUCAGGAUUUUGUUGGCGCUAUUGCCAAAGGAAAUUCUGUUCUAAUGUAGAAAAGGUUAAGGAAACUUACUAGUUAUUUCCACUUCCAAGUAAUUUGUAGUUCCUUCCGUAUGCUUCCGCUUCUUUCGUCGAAAAAUUCUCCUGCACACUUCACUGACCGAUCAUCGUGGGUGCACGCGCGAUGCGAAUUCCGACAAAAUUAUAGACCUCGCAUACGACCAGGAAUAAAGCAUGAUAAAUGGG